AUGCCUCAAAUCCAUCCUCACUCUUCCAUCUCACCUCCCCAUGUUUAUAUCGAUCAAAAUUUUUGUUCAAGCUCGUCUACCCACUUCACAGUUUGGACGAAAUCCUUCUUAUUUAAUGGUAAAGGAUUUACUGUUUUCGAUUCAUUGGGACAUCUUGUUUUCAGAGUGGAUAACUAUGCAUCCAAUGUUAGAAACGAAGUACUUCUCAUGGAUGAUGAAGGCCAACUACUUCUUACAAUGCGGCGCAAGCAAUGGAGUUUAAGGAAGCGAUGGGAAGCAUUCAGAAGAGAUCCCAUAGAGUCUGAUGAGCCCAAAUUUACCCUUAAAAAGUAUUUGGGCUUUUCAAAUAAAACCGUGGCCAACGUAUUUGUAGAUGGAAGUAGAGAAAUUAAGGAGUGCGAUUACCAGAUGGAAGGGUCGCUGUGCAAAGCAUCGUGCACAAUAUUCAAUGCCUCCGGAAAGAUCAUCGCGCAGAUUAAGCGAAGGGAAGGCAGAUUGGAUAUAAUGCUGGGGAAUGAUGUUUUGAGCCUGGUUAUCGAAGCUGGAAUAGAUCAGGCAUUUGUAAUGGGCUACUUAUCAUGUUUAAUCAGAUAUGCAUCAGAUAUGCUAGGAGAAUACUUGACGAAGAUGGUAGAUGGUAGCAGGGGAGGUUGGCCGCCCAGCCAGUUUUAA